CACAUGUAGAUGAGAUGUAAUUGCAUCCAGAUAACACCGUGUAUUUAUAAUUAUCGAAUCAUCGGGACAAAACAAUGUAAGCAAACAGCCAAACGAGUUCUCUACGUGAAUUAUACGCUUUGCAGCGAGCCAGUGUAGGGCUCUUCCAAGGAACCAAUCGCUCCCUUACCUAAUGACGCCGUCAGGCUUUAUGAUUCGCGCCGAGCAAAUCAUCCAAGAAAAACAAAAGCGCCACCACUUGCGUUGCCACCUCGAACUGACUCACACAGCCACGCCCCUUGGUCCGUGUCCUCGCCUUUCUCGGCUCGUCGCCUCCCCUCCUGACCUCACCCAUGGCCCGCCCCAGGAAGGCGAAGCCGCCCUCGCCGCCCAAGGCGGUGGCGACGACUUCCCUCGGCGAGGCGUUGCUGCUGACCACGGUCUGCAUGGUGGGCCUGCCCGUGGAGGUGCAGGUCCGCGACGGAUCCGCCUACGCCGGCGUCCUCCACACCGCCGUCGUCGACGGUGGAUACGGUGUUGUGCUAAAGAAAGCAAGGAAGAUAGCAAACGGGAAGGGAGAUGCUAAUCUAUCGCUGGGAGCGUUUGUGGAUACUCUUGUUGUUCUUCCAGAUGAUCUUGUUCAAGUGAUUGCAAAGGACUUUUCACUCCCUAUUAAAGGUGUUUGUAGAACUCUUGAUUGCAAUGUGGUGGCUGCCAGUGGAUCCUUGAAGCCUCAAACUUCGCAUGCAGACGACCCAAAACUGUCUAAAACUGAAAAUAUAUCUCCACUUAAACAGGUUGAGAAAUGCAGCAUGGCAGGUCAGGAAAGUGAUACCUCCAUUAAGAAAAAUGCUCGAACUAAUGGUAACGCUACGAGUGGUAUCUCUUCAACUGGACAUGUGGGGCCAUGUUUCUCCAUGAAUGGGGUUUCCAGUUCUGCAACUGUUGGGCUUAAAGUUGGGGGUAUUACCAGUUCAGUUAUAGCUGCGCCCAUGGUGGCUUCAGAUGCUAAAAACUCUCAACCAGACAAUAAUUCAGCUACAAAAGUUGUCACGUCAAGCAAAACCACUGCUAAGGAAUUUAAACUCAAUCCUUCUGCAAAGGUCUUUUCUCCAUCUUUUGCAAGUUCUAGACAAGUACUUGCAGCUGCACCCCCUGUUAACUCAAACUACAUCUCACACUCCGCCACUGAAGUUCCAACUGGCAUACUUGUAUUUGAGUCAAAAUCUGUGCCAGGCGGUUCAUCUCUGUCCAGCAAGGUUCAUUAUAGUAACCUGUCUUCUGGAAACUAUGGCAUUUCACCUCAAUAUGUUCAAUCAAUUGCGGGGAAUAAUGCAGCCAGGUUAGAUCCUGCUAGAGUUGGUAUGCCGUACCAUCCCGUGCAGGUGGGAGCAACCUAUACUAUACCCAGUCCUCAGCCUGUGAUGGCUGGGAAGUUCAGUCCUGCUGUUUAUGUUCACCCAGUUUCUCAGGAUGCAAUGCAUGGAACACCCGUUAUUCCCCAACGAUGGUCCCACCCUAUAUUGUUGAACUCAUAUCAAGCUAGCUUGCAAAAGUUCCAAGGCAACGCCCCAGUGUAUGUGGCCCCUCCAGUCAUGGCAACUGGGAACCUGCCAUUGGUGGUACCAAGCCCUGCACCACUUGUGCAGCCGUUCCAGGCCAUUCAUCCCAUUAUGGUUCCUGCUGCAAGCAGCAUGGUUCCAGGCAAAUACAUGUAAACUUGUCAUACCAAUGGAACAUCUGCUUUUGUUGGAAGAAUCCUACCCCUUUGCUUUGGGGGAAUAUGUCUGAAAGGACUCGCGAUUUUGCCUAGUCUGUUAAUUCACUUAUCAGUUGCUGGUCUGCGUCCGUAUUUUAGUUGGAAGGGCUUGCAACUUUUGCCAUUCGUCAUGCUUCGUGUGGGUUUCUGAAUUAUUCUUUUUAGGGGGUUUCAUGGGAGAGUAAUAUGAAAUAGAGAGAAGAUCGCAUGCUUCUUCUUUUUUUGUCGUAGCAAUAGCAUUUCUUCUUCCGAGAGCACUAUGUACAAUGUGACAUUGUAAAAGAUAUAGUGAAGGGUUUAUUUUCACACGGUUAAUGUACAUUCAUCUUGCAAGUGUAACAGUUUAUGAUCGACAAUCUGUCUGUUGAAACCUAUGAUGAUGUUGAUCUAAAGUUCUAUCUGCUUUAUGUUA